AUGUUAUUUAGUAAAUUUUCAAGAGACGCAAAUCCUUCUGCUGUCUGUUACUCUAGAAAGUGCUACAGCUGUUUAUUUUUAAUAUCACUUGAUUUGCAAAAGAAAAUGCAAAAAUUCAAUGAUAUGGCGAGAGUUAGAAAAAAAUAUCCUUAUCUUGGCAUGGAUCUACGUAACCGGAAAUUACAUGCCUUGAAGGCAUUACCAAAUACUUCAUCAGCGAUUGCAUUUGCGAAAUUUACUCAAACCAUUAGAACGAGCUUUAUUCAAAAGCAUCAAUUUUAA